CUGGGUGGAGGUUCGUGGUUUCUUCUUCUCUACCUACAAAACAACACGGCUUGACUCACUCAGGAAGGCUUAGAACAUGAAGUAGUCUAACCUUAACUUUCUGUAGAUUGCAUUCUCCAGUGCUCAAGAGAUGUAUUAGCUUAGGUUUUAAAUGCACAUGCACACACACACACACACACACAAAACAACUGCCCCUCCGACACACUCUACAGAGAGGAAGAGAAAGAAUAAGUGAGGAGAAAGCUUGCAUCCUACCCUGUAGAAGAGCUCAGAAUCCUGACACCUCUGAAGAAACUUCCAGCAACGUUCACCCACAGUUUGAGAAAUGGUGAAUGACUACAAGAAAAUUGUUCUUCUGUCAGGACUAAAGGGUAUCAGUGACCAUAAUUUUAAAAUAGUUAAGUCCUUGUUGAGCAAAGAACUAAAACUAAAUAGAAAAGCACAAUAUGGUUAUGACAGAAUUAAGAUCGCUGACUUGAUGGAGGACAAGUUUCCAAAAGAUGCUGGAAUAGACACACUGAUAGAACUGUAUAAAGAGAUUCCAGAACUUGAAGACCUUGCUGAUAAACUCAAAAGAGAGAAGGCGAAAGCUAAAAGGAAACAGACAGAGAAAAGCAUAACUGAGGCAAAAAGACGCAGGCGAGAUGAACCCAGUACUUCUCAACCUAUGCCCACCAUACAUGAAGAUUCAAAACCAGGAUCAGGCAGGAGUACACGGAACUCACAGGCUCCCCGGCUAGCUCCAGCAACUGCUUCUAAGAGGGACCAAGCCACUCAAGUGUCUCCAGAAACAUCAUCUUGCGGUGUCCAAACUUUCCAAGUGCCUCUGACCUCAGCAUCCAGCAGUACCCAUGCCCCUGGAGUGUUUCUAGCAAUACCAGCCAAGAAACCAAGACGGAAGACUGUACCUGAGCAACCUUCUGAGGAAAAUGGUCACCAUCAAGGUCCCAAAAAAGUGACGGUGUUAAAAGCAACAGAACCAUUCACAUAUGACCUGAGAGGAGAGAAAAGGAUGUUCCAUGCCACAGUGGCUACUGAGACUGAAUUCUUCAGAGUGAAGGUGUUUGAUAUUGUCCUGAGAAAGAAGUUCAUCCCCAACAAGGUCAUUACCAUCUCAAAUUACAUUGGUCGCAAUGGGUUCAUAAAUAUAUGCAGUGCCACCAGUGUGUCAGAAGUAAAUGAUAACCAAUCAAUGAAUAUCCCAACUACCCUGAGACAAAGAGCCAACGCAACACCUAAAAUCAAUUAUCUUUGCUCAAAAAGAAGAGGAAUAUUUGUGAAUGGAGUGUUUAUGGUAAAUAAGAAAAAUGAGAUGAAGGACUGCAUUUGCUAUGAAAUCCAAGAUAACACAGGGAUGAUGGAAGUGAUGGUCUAUGGACGACUGACCAGUGUUAACUGUAAUCCAGGAAAUAAACUUAGACUCAUGUGCUUUGAAUUAACAGAUGAGGGUAAAGUGCACCUGAGAUCUAUGAGGCACAGUAACAUGAAGGUCAUCAAGGCUGAGAAAUGAGAAGCAACCACUUUAUCCUGCUUCAAUUAUGAAACUUCAUGAAUUUUUCACUGUGGAGACUUGAGGACCUCUGGUGUUUAUAGAGAUCUAGUUCCAACUACAGAUAAAGAUCAUACGUGUAACAGAUAAAAGUCAGUUCUUUGCUCCAGAAAAUAAUGAUUUUAAUUUUAUUCUUUCUCCAUUUUUUGUAUUUUGAUUAGAUAAUUUGAUUUUAUAAUGCUUAUAUGUUGAAAAGAAGGAAAGCCUUUUACUCUGAAUCAAGUACUUCUGCAAUUUCUUCCAUUUGUUACUUGCUUUAAAAACUUGAUCAUUCCUGUUCAUUCCUCUCCCCACUCCGCAUCCACAAUAGGAUGUCUAUUCUAUUUCCCAUCCACAGUGAAAUUUGUGUUUUCUGCCCUUGAGCUUUCCUUGAUACUAGGCUUCUCUGGGUCUGUAGAUUAUAGAAUGGCUAUCCUUUGCUUUAUGAUUAAUAUCUACUUAAAAGUGACUAUAUACCAUGUUUGUCUUUCUGUGUCGAGGUUACCUUACUCAGAAUGAUCUUUUCUAGUUCCAUCCAUUUGCCAAAAAUGUCAUGAUGUCAUUGUUUUUAACAGCUGGGUAACACUCUCUUGUGUAACUAUACCAUUCUUUGGUUGAGGGACAUCUUGGUUAUUUCAGUAUAUGGCUAUUAUAAAUAAAGCUGUUGUGCAAAUGUGCUUGUGGUAUGGGGCAGCAUCCAUUGGGCAUUUGUCCAGGUGGGGGGAGGAUAGAGGAAGGGACAACUGGAGUUGGGAGACAUCUCUGGUGGUUUUAAAGAAAAUGAGCCCCAAAAGUAGUGACAUUAUUAGGAAGUAUAGCUUUGUUAGAGUAGGAGUGGCCUUGUACUAGGAAGCAAGUCUUCCUGGGAAUGACCUUGAGGUCUCCUUUGCUCAAACUAUACUCAAUGUAACACACAAUUCAAUUCCUGUUGCCUUUUGAUCAAGAUGUCGAAACCUCAGCUCCUUCUCCAGCACCCUGCUGCCAUGUUGUGUCAUGAGGAUAAUGGACUAAACCUCUGAAACUGUAAGCCACCCCAAUUAAAUAUUUUCCUUUAAAAGGGUUUCCAUGGCCAUGGUGUCUCUUCACGACAAUAGACACCCUAGUAGACACCUAGUGCAGUGGAUACUCUCACUAAUCUAUAAGGGUGACCCUAGCUAAGACACUUAGCAAUGGAGGAUAGGAAGACUGAACUGGCUUUCUCCUGUAACCAGGCAAGACUUCCAGUGGAAGGAUUGAGACACCAACCCAGGCAAAGACCUUCAACCUACAAUUUUUCCUGCUUACAAGAUAUGUUGGGGCAAAGGCGAAGCAGAAAUUGUGGGAGUGGUCAACCAAUAACUGGUCCAGCUUGAGACCCAUUCCUUAAGAAGGAGUUCACCCCUGGCACUGAUUGCAGGGCCAGAACACAGAGGUGAGAAAGCCCAGAGACCCAGGAAAGAACUAAACAAGAUUGGGGGAAAAAACAUCAAUGAAGUGAUUCCUAAUGAUAUUCUGCUAUACUAAUAGAUUUGUGCCUAGUCCAAUGGUCAUAUGAGAGACUUUACCCAGCAACUGAUGGAAAUAUCUGAUGCAGAGACCCACAUGCAAACAUUAGACAAAACCCAGGGAAUCCUGUGGAGGAAGAGGAAGGAUUGUAGGAGCCAGAGGGGUCAAGGACACCUUGAGAAAACCCCAAAAAUUAACCAACCCAGGCUCGUAGACUGAACCAAUGACCAGGGAGCCUUCAUGGGACUAACUUAGACCCUCUGCAUCUAUGCUGAAGUUAUGUAGCUUAGUCUUCUCUUAGGACUCCUAACAGUGAAAGCAGGGGCUGUCUCUGACUCUGUUGCCUGUUUUCCAGACCCUUUCCUUCUAACAGGUUGCCUCACUCAGCCUUAAUAGCACAAGAGGUGCCUUGUUUCACUGUGACUUUAUAUACCCUGGCUGGUUGAUAUCCAUAAGAGGCCUGCCCUUUUCUGAAGAGAAAUGGGGGAGGAGUAUGAGAGUGAAGGUGGAGAAAGGGUUGGGAGAAGAGGAGGGAAAAGAAACUUUGCUCAGGAUGUCAAAAAAAAAAAUAGCUGGGUCUGGAGAUCAGGGUGGAGUAAAUACGUUUCGUGAAAUAUUUAUGCUUUAGGUGUAAUAUUUAAGGACAAAGACUUGCUCAUAAAAGUUGUGUCAACCUGAGAGAAAUCAAACUCUCAAUAAAAAAGCAGGUAGAGUUUGAAAUCCAGAUCAGAAUUCCAACACCAGUGUCCUCAGGAAGGGUGCAGUCCUUUCUCUGCUUUUUCCUGAGUAAAUGUGAGCGUAUUACAGAGUUUAAUCAUUGGAAAUAAGAAUUUCCAGAAGUGGAUGAUAAGAGUACAUUCUGUUAUUGGCAGAAGUAAGAAAAUGUCACUUCCAGUUCUAGGGUGAAAUAAGGUCAGGGAAGUUUUGAGAACAGGAGGAACAUGCCCUAGAACAAAGCAAAGACAAAGAAUUAAGAGAGUAGUUAUGAGCCCCAGGGAAGGAUCCCUGUGGUGUUGGUUACCUUUCUGAUUGCUAUGACAACAUACCUGGCAAAAACAACUGAGAAAAAGGAAGGUAUGGGUUUGCUCACAGCUUAACGGCAGAGGAGGGUGAGCUGGCUGAUCACAGCCUAGCUGCAGCAGGAAGUGGGCAACAAUAUGUGCUGUAAGAGAGCUCUCUUUCUCUUCUCAUAUUCCGUCCACAGCCUUUGCCGGUGGAGAGCUGCCACAUUUCAACUGAUUUACAAAAUAAAAAGCUCCCUCCAAACGUGCCUAAAGUAUUACCUCCUAAACGAUUAUUGAUCCUGUUAGAUUUAUAACCAAUAUCAGUAAUCUUGGCAGUGACCUAACAGGGAGGGAAGGAGCAAAGAAGGGUGGAAAUAGCAGCUAUAAAGAAAUAAGAGCUGAAGAUAAAUGUUGCCGUCCCCUUGGAAGUUUGUGUAAUAAAUGACUCCAGUCCAGUGAUGUUGGAAAGUGGAGAUUA